AUGGUGUCAGUGAUUUAUUUGUUUUUCGCGCCAAUUCUACUUAGCAUUGUGAUUUCUGUGGCAGAAGAGCAUCCGAGAUCUGUGGCUGGAUACGUGUCUGGCUUUAUUUCCGACUGUCCUGGUAGCGAAAAACCUGUAGUGAUGACAAAGGAAAGUUUGAGAAAACUACGCAUCAAAGUCAUUGGAGCUAACACCAAAUCGGGUUGGAUAAGAAGGAAGUACUCGUAUUUCCAAGUGAACGAGAUGGCGAAGGAUCCCACAAUGGACUACAAUCGAACAACAUUACUUUUUGUAUCUGGAUAUUUUGACAAUCCAGAUUUUGUAGCUUCUAGAAUCUUGGAAUACACAUACAGAACAAUGGGUUAUAACGUUUGGUUGUUAGAUAUGCACAAAUUUGUUGAGCAUGAAUAUCCAUCGGUGACUCGGAAUCUUCCAGCUAUUGGGAAACAUACUGCUGAAAUGUUGUACAAUUUGACUCUUCAUAAUGUAGGGUUUGAUCCUAAGAAACUUGAACUGUUGGGUUUAAGUCUUGGAGGAGAAGCUAUUAGCUUUAUAGCCAAGUAUUACAAAGCGUUAUCAGGUGUAAAAAUUAGCAGAAUUACGGCUUUGGAUCCAUCAGGACCUUGUUUCAGAAAUCUUGGGCCAGAACAUAGAUUAGACAAAACUGACGCUGAUUAUGUAGAACUAAUAGGUACUAACAUAGAUGGAUUAGGUUUAGCUACACCAGUCGCCCAUGUUAAUUUUUACAUCAACGGAGGAGAAUAUCAACUAUCUGAUUUCUACUGGGUGCCCUGUGAAAUGUUCUGUAGCCAUGUCAAGGUGUUUAUGAUUUGGUAUUCAGCGCUACGGAAUCAAGAUUCUUUCAUCGCGAUGCAAUGUAAUUCUAUGCAGAAGAUUAGGGACAAGAAUUGUUAUGAUGAACAACCAUUAGUUACUAAUGUGCUCGGUCCCAAAGUGGAUAAGACGAAACAUGGUAUAUUUUAUUUAGCGACAACUUAUAAUUAUCCAUACUAUAUGGGUGAGAAGGGAUUGAAGAGGGAAAAUGAACCUGUUGCUAGUAUAUUAGGUGAAUCUAAUAAACGGGAUGUUAUUGUAGUAUGA